AGAAAAUAAGUAAAUAAAAAUAAAUUGCGAGUAAAUUAAAUGAAAUUAAAGACAAAAGUUGACAAUUACUGUGCUCAGAGAAUGAGGUUUCCCUGAGGAUGUACGAUUUGCGCCAAAUGCAGCCAAUAAAUCCAGUGCUGUUUCUACAGAAAUGUAAUUGUCAAACAGUCUUGUGAAUUGACACCAAUCCAAAGAGCCCCCCAGGGUCACAUGCAUUUUACCAAUACAAAGCCAAGCAUCGCCACCACCAACUAAUUGUCAUACCCUAACUGACUAACUGAUCAAACGAAAAUGGACGAAAAUAUAUUGAAUGCAGUAGAAUCUCUUUUCGGCAAGGAUGUCAAAAUUGUGGACUGUGAAACAUCGUCAUCUGUGCAACAGGAAGAGGUGCUUCUUAUAAAUGGCGUGCCAGUCAAAUUGGAUGGAAUGCCAGAGGAUGACGCCAGCGCCAUCAAGAGCGCACUGCUCGAUGGACAGAUGCCGGCUGUGGAACAUCUGAAUCAGCUGCUCUUCCGAGCCGGACUAGCACAACAGCCAAUUGAAGUGGAGACAUCGCUAACAGUCAAGUCCUCGCUAACAACAACCGAGGAGGUGCUUGUCUCCCGUAAUGGACAUGUGCUAGACGAGCGUACCGUGGAGACCAAGGAGCAUUUCAACCAUCAUUCGCAUCAGAAGGAGAUUUGGCAGCCACUCCGACAGCCGAAUGCUUUGGGACGUGCAACGCCAGAGAAUGCACUAAAGUAUCGCACAAACUCGAAUUCGACGUUUGCUUCGCAGACUACAAAUGAUGGAGAAACUGAUCAGAAAUCAUCACGACUUGGCCGCCAGCUAAAUCAAACCUUUUCGAAUGCUUCCCUAAUGUCCAGUAGCUCGGCCAUUACUGGUUCGGAUCAAGUAAUCGGCUCCACUUCCAAUAUGUCUUCUGUCACGGAUACUACUCUGGGUGACAAAAGUUCGAAUAUCAGCAGCUGCGAUUCUGGACAUGAUGGGCUUUUUCAUAGCGUCUCCAUGAAUGCGCCCUGGCCUCAACGCAGCGGUAGGGACACGCUGACAGACUCUAUGUAUUGCGACAUUCCCAGCUCGGCUGAUGAAGCUGAUGCCAAUUCAGUUGCUUUGCUGAACACGCAGCUGCAAAUUAGCGAGCCUUGCGACUUAGCCAAUGUUAAUUGCCAAACACCGCCAACCUAUGCCAAAGACUUGCCUGCUGCAGGUAAUCUGGAAGCGGUAGUCAAACUGCUGGCCAGCUGCAACAAUGAGGAAGUAGAAUUUUGCUUCUUGCUCUGUGCACGUCUCUUUGUGCCUAUGCCAGAGUUGCUAACAAAGCUGCAACAGCAGUGCAGCAGUCAGGAACAAACACUGCAGCACCUGAUUAACCAUUGGUUGCGUAUUUGUCCAGACGACUUUCGAGAUGAGACAUUGCUGCAGGAGCUGCGUAAGCAUAAGCCGUGUCAGACUUUUCUUGAAAGUCUUCCUGCUGUGCUUGAGCAAGUAGAUGAGAGUCGAGGCAAACAAUUACAGUGUAUGAUUCUCAAGCAGUCUUCAUCCAGCUCGCUGGGGCGUCAGAGCAGUAUCAAAUCCCUAAAGCGUUUUGCUGCCAAUGUUUAUAAAACAGACAAUCUGCUGCACAGGUGCAGCAAUGCCUUUGAACUGGCGCAUCAGCUGUUUGCCAUAGAACAUGUCUAUCUGUCACAAAUACGCCUAGAAGAGUUUUUGGAAUUAAUAAAAGCAGACGACCUCCGACGGGUCAUGUCGCAAACCAAUGUAGCUAUACUCGGCUCCCAAAGCGGCGAAGAAAAGCCAGCAAAGGGCAGCAUUGCAUCUUAUGUGUUUUGGUUCAAUCAACUUUGCUGUUUAACUGCCACAGAGAUAUUAAAGCUUGGCAAGAAGUCACAGCGCGCGCAGAUGAUUGAGUUCUGGAUUGAUACUGCUUUGGAGUGUUUCAACACUGGUAACUUCAAUAGCUUAAUGGCCAUUCUAACAGCCUUGAAUUUGACAGCCAUAUCGCGACUUAAGAAAACUUGGUCUAAGGUGCAAACGACCAAAUUCGAGGGCUUGGAACAUCAAAUGGAUCCCAGCUCAAAUUUUGUCAAUUAUCGCUCGGCCAUGAAAGCGGCCGUGUGGCGUUGCGAACGCGAUGUGGCCAAUAAAAUCGAGCGUGCCAUUAUACCAUUCUUUACGCUUUUCCUCAAGGAUAUGUGUGACAUCAAUGAGAGUCGCAAAACCAGGCAAACUGAUGGCAAGCUAAAUUUUGAAAAGUGCACACUUUUUGGCGUUCAGUUGCGCAAUUUUUACUACUGGCAGCAUUUGGAAUGCCCCUAUGAGCAGCUACCCAGUGUGCUAGCCUAUCUGCAAAAGACAGAGGUGCUUACCGAUGCGUCGCUCAUGAAGGCCUCUUAUGAUUGCGAGCUACCAGAGGGCCCAGGAGAGAAGGAUCAUUACAAGACGUUGAAAGCUUCCAAGAAGUAGGCUGAGCAUGCAUUAACAUAUACACACAUUCGAAUUCGAAUUGAAUCGAGCCUCGCACAAACUUAGCAUAGUUUGUUAACAUUUCCACGUUUUUACUUUUGAACUUUCAUUGCAAUAACGAUAAUAAUUUUAACAACAC